CGUUACCCCUAAAAUCCCCAGAAUUUCAAAAACAAAAUCAUUUCCUUAAUCAAAACUCAUUUGAAUAAGCAUGGAAUCCUUAAAUUUCCACAACAUCAAAUCAGAGAAAGCAAAUGCCAUGAUAAGGUACAAAAAACGUCAAAGAGUAACAAUGUUGUUUCGAUUCAUCGAAUUCUGUAUAUUUUUCGUCGUAAUCUCAAGAUUUUCCACUCAAAAAUUACCAGAGGGAUUUGAUGUCACCUUCAUUAGUCCGCGAUUCGUCUUUGUCCUUAUAAACGCCAUUGUUAUCAUCCUCUUCUUCAAAUCAGGACAAGAUGGUUCCAUGGACAACGUUAAAUUCGAUUUGUAUGAUGAGUACAUGCAAAAAUAUUCGAUGAACAAAGAGGCGUAUUAUGAAGAGAGCAAAAAACAGAGCAUUGUAGCAGAAAGACGAUUAGAAAAGAGAAUUCAUCGAAGUCACUCGGAAAACUCUUUAUGUUUGCCUCAUGAUGAGAGAAAAAGAAUGAUGAGGUCCGCUACAGUUGGAUGCUUGAAAAAUAUAGACACUGACACUGUAAAACCAACAACCUCAUAUCCAGAGGAUGGGAUGAGCAAUGUCGAAUUCAGGAAAACUAUUCAGGCCUUUAUUGCAAGACAACAAAGAUUAUUGAAGGAAGAAGAGUUAGAUAUCUUGAAAAAAUAUCACUAGCACAUUAGGUGAAUAGUUAAGAAAACAAAUGUAAGUUUAUAGCUAUUUCCAUUAACUAUUUAAAAAAAAUAAAAUUGUAGUAUAUUUAAAGUUAACUUGCAUAAAUCCAGGAGCUAAUUACUUAUAUACACUUUAGUUAGUAAUCUUA